AUGGAUGAAAUCACCGAAGACGCCAUCGUCAACCGCAACGAACCCAUCCCCGUAACUUCGGUCGGGCAGCAAUCCCACGGCUCUUCCUCCGCUGAAACUUCGGCGGGUCACCGACGCUCCACCUCGAGCAGCGGUCCCUCUCUGCAGGAUAAAUUAUUUGCGAAGCUUCUUCAACAAGUCAUUCCCGCGGAGGACGUGGACGAUGAAUCUACAUCGGCCGACCGACAUGCCGGUGCCGAUGCCAAGCGACCCGCCUUCAGUCUACCGGUGAUGGCGAACAACUUCCGCAGAUUCAAUGCCAGAAUCGGGAUCGUCUUCUCCUUCCAGAACCAACUGGAGCGCCUGUUCAGUUGGAAACAAUCGUCUCAUACCUUUUCAUUCCUCUUUGUAUAUUCCUUUGUAUGUCUGGACCCUCAUUUGCUCGUCAUCAUCCCAAUCGCAUCGAUCUUGCUCUUUGUGAUGGUUCCCGCCUUUUUGGCGCGACACCCCCCGCCCCCGUCGACUUCUACGUCGAGCAUUACGCCGUACUACUCGUACCACGGACCAGCGCUUGCGCCGGCAAAGACCAUCAAGCCAGCUUCGGAGACUUCCAAGGACUUCUUUCGGAACAUGAGAGACUUGCAGAAUGUGAUGGCCGAUUUCUCUGAUAUGCACGACGCGACUGUCUCAGUCUUUGCGCCCUUGACCAACUUCUCAAAUGAGAAACUAUCCUCGAAUGUUUUUCUUCUGUGCACCAUCAUCACCGUUCUGCUGUUCAUAUGCGCCCAUUUCUUCCCGUGGCGGUACAUCCUUCUAGUUGGCGGUAAUGCGGCCGUCCUAUCCAGCCAUCCAAGUCUUCAGGACUUUAUCCAGGGUGUGAUAGGUGAACUUGCGGACCACACCGCGGAUCAAUCCUCCGGAGCCAACUUCGUCAAAAAGGACGCGUCGGAUUUAUUGGGAUUACCCCCUACGCCGUCCGCCACUAUGUCUCUACUGGGCUUAUUAACCGAUAUCUCCCUGGAUUCAUUCCCGGAGGAACGGGAAGUCGAAAUCUUCGAAAUCCAAUAUCGAUCUCUUGCCCCGUUCUCCGAAUCGCAAUGGGAGCACUUCGUUUUCAGUCCGAUGCCUUACGACCCGUUAUCCCCACUCCGCAUCGCAGGCGACCGGCCAAAGGGAUGUCGGUUUUUCGAGGAUGUUCGAGCCCCUCGGGGCUGGGCCUGGAAGAGUAAGAAAUGGGAGCUGGAUCUGGAUUGUCGCGAGUGGGUCGUGGAGCGCAUGAUCACAGGUGUCGGAUUCGAGGUGUCGGCAAGCGACUCGGAAAGCCCUAUGUCUAAUGAGGAGGUUGGGGGCUGGGUUUGGGAUCUUCCGUCCACGGUGUCUCCUAAGAAUGAGGAAGAAAUGACCACGACUUUGGGGUAUGACGACUACGAUCCAUCGGACCAGAAGUCCACCUCGAAGGGGGAGAGCAAGAAAGGAAAGAAGAAAGGGAAGGGACGAGCUGCGCAGGACUACGAAGAGAAGGGGGGUAUUGGAGCCAACGCGAUGGGAGAAUGGAGGAGAAGACGAUGGGCUCGGAUUGUGCAGCGAGUUAGCAUGCCAACUGAGCAGGGGAAACCUCCAAGCUUGGACCAGGUCAAAGAGGAGUAG